GGCUGCGGCCCCUGGAGGAGGGGACGUGAAGUGAGGAGGGGGCUGGGAGGGGACAGGACGCGGGCGAGGAACUCGAGCCCCUGAGCUCUGAUGCCUGUGACAUCGUUGCUGAGGUUUGUCCAUGCUUGGAAGGAGCCUUGCUUUCGGGAGUGACCACAUUUAUCUGGGCAUGCCUGCAGCACUCUGGGCCCAUGGACCUGCAGGAGCAGCAUCUGGGAGAGCCCCCCUCGGCCCUGGGCCUGUCCACCCGGAAAGCCCUGAGCAUCCUGAAGGAACAGCUGGAGGCGGUGCUGGAUGGACACCUCAGGGAGCGCAACAAGUGUCAGACGUGGAAGGAGGCGUGGAGAAGCAGCUUUCUGCACCACAGUAACCGCUGCUCCUGUUUCCAUUGGCCGGGGGCCUCACUGAUGCUGCUGGCCGCGCUGCUGCUGCUCGGCUGUCAUGGGGGCCAGCCAGCGGGGAGUGCUGGAGUGGAGCUGGUGAACGCCUUGGCGCUGUUUCUGCUGCUGCUUCUUACCCUCGUUCUCACGUGGUGGCAAGCCUGGCUGAAGCGUCGGGAGGUAGAGCGGAGGCUCCGUGGGAUCAUCGACCAGAUCCAAGAUGCGCUUAGGGAUGACAAGGAGAUCAAGUGGCCCAAUACCCUGUAUCCAGACCUCCACAUGCCCUUUGCACCAUCCUGGUCCCUGCACUGGGCCUAUCGGGAUGGACAUCUGGUCAACCUGCCAGUCAGCCUGUUGGUGGAAGGAGACAUCAUAGCCCUGAGACCUGGCCAAGAGUCUUUUGCAUCUCUGAGAGGGAUCAAGGAUGAUGAGCACAUUGUCCUGGAGCCAGGGGACCUGUUUCCGCCUUUCUCCCCACCACCCUCACCCCGGGGAGAAGUGAAGAAAGGACCCCAGAACCCCCAGCAGCACCGGCUCUUCCGCGUCCUGGAGACCCCUGUGAUUGACAAUGUCAGAUGGUCCCUGGACAUGGCCCUGUCCCGCCCAGUCACUGCUCUGGACAAUGAGAGGUUCACAGUGCAGUGCGGGAUGCUGCACUAUGCUGUGCCUGUGGUCUUGGCUGGAUUCCUGCUCACCAAUGCCCUGCGCUUCAUAUUCCAUGCUCCCGGGGUCACCUCCUGGCAGUACACACUCCUCCAGCUGCAGGUGAACGGCAUGCUGCCUGUCCUCCCCCUGCUCUUUCCGGUCCUCUGGGUUCUCGCAACGGCCUGUGGAGAAGCCCGUGUCCUGGCCCAGAUGAGCAAGGCCUCGCCCAGCUCCCUGCUGGCCAAGUUCUCGGAGGACACUCUCAGCAGCUACACAGAAGCCACCUCCUCCCAGGAGAUGCUGCGCUGCAUUUGGGGCCACUUCCUCAGGGUGAUCCGGGGGACGUCGCCAACACUGAGCCACAGUUCCAGCCUGUUGCAUAGCUUGGGCUCGGUCACGGUCCUGUGCUGUGUAGACAAACAGGGGAUCCUGUCCUGGCCAAACCCCAGCCCGGAGACAGUGCUGUUCUUCAGUGGGAAGGUAGAGCCCCCUCACAGCAGCCACGAGGACCUCCCAGAUGACCUGUCUACCCGCUCCUUUUGCCAUCCGGACGUCGAGGAAGAGCCCCAUGAACAAGAUGCCCUCCUGGCUGGUUCCCUGAGCAAUUCCCUGCACCUUUCCAACGAGCAGGAGCAUGGUGACUGGCCUGGCGAUGGCACCAAGCCCCCCGAGCCCCAGCCUCGCCACAAGAUGCAUGGCCGCAGCAAACACCCAUCUGGCUCCAGUGUGAGCUUCAGCAGGGACACCGAGGGUGGCGAGGAGGAGGCUGCCAAGGCCCAGCCUGGGACGGAGAGGGACCCCUAUGAGGCUGAGGAUUUUGUGUGUGACUACCAUCUAGAGAUGCUGAGCCUGUCCCAGGACCAGCAAAACCCUUCCUGUAUCCAGUUUGAUGACACCAAUUGGCAGCUGCACCUCACUUCCCUCAAACCGUUGGGCCUCAAUGUGCUGCUGAACCUGUGCAACGCCAGCGUGACCGAGCGCUUGUGCCGCUUCUCAGACCACCUGUGCAACAUUGCGCUGCAGGAGAGCCACAGUGCCGUGCUCCCUGUGCACGUGCCCUGGGGCCUCUGCGAGCUGGCCCGCCUCAUUGGUUUCACUCCUGGGGCCAAGGAGCUCUUCAAGCAGCAGAAUCACUUGGCACUGUACCGCCUCCCCAGCGCAGAGACAGUGAAGGAGACCUCGCUAGGGCGGCUCUCGUGUGUCACCAAGCGGCGGCCUCCCCUCAGCCACAUGAUCAGCCUCUUCAUCAAGGACACCACCACCAGCACAGAGCAGAUGCUGUCCCAUGGCACGGCCGAUGUGGUCCUGGAGGCCUGCACAGACUUCUGGGAUGGAGCUGACAUUUACCCCCUCUCAGGUUCUGACAGAAAGAAAGUGCUAGAUUUCUACCAGCGAGCUUGCCUGUCUGGUUAUUGCUCCGCUUUCGCCUACAAGCCAAUGAACUGCACCCUGUCCUCUCAACUCAACGGCAAAUGCAUUGAGCUGGUGCAGGUGCCUGGCCAGAGCAGCAGCAUCUACACCAUGUGCGAGCUACCUAGCACCAUCCCCAUCAAGCCGAGCACCCGCCGCAGCAGCUGGAGUUCUGACGAAGGGAUCGGGGAGGUGCUGGAGAAGGAAGACUGCAUGCAGGCCCUGAGCGGCCAGAUCUUCAUGGGCAUGGUGUCCUCCCAGUACCAGGCCCGGCUGGACAUUGUGCGCCUCAUCGACGGGCUGGUCAAUGCCUGCAUCCGCUUUGUCUACUUCUCCUUGGAGGAUGAGCUCAAAAGCAAGGUGUUUGCAGAGAAGAUGGGUCUGGAGACAGGCUGGAACUGCCACAUCUCUCUCACACCCAAUGGGGACAUGCCUGGCUCCGAUAUCCCCCCCUCCAGCCCCAGCCACGCAGGCUCCCUGCAUGAUGACCUCAAUCAGGUGUCCCGGGAGGACGCCGAGGGACUCCUGCUCAUGGAGGAGGAAGGUCACUCGGACCUCAUCAGCUUCCAACCCACAGACAGCGACAUCCCCAGCUUCCUGGAAGACUGCAACCGGGCCAAGCUGCCCCGGGGCAUCCACCAGGUGCGGCCUCACCUGCAGAACAUCGACAACGUGCCUCUGCUGGUGCCCCUCUUCACUGACUGUACCCCUGAGACCAUGUGUGAGAUGAUCAAGAUCAUGCAGGAAUAUGGUGAGGUGACCUGCUGCCUGGGCAGCUCUGCCAACCUGCGUAAUAGCUGCCUCUUCCUCCAGAGUGACAUCAGCAUUGCCCUGGAUCCCCUGUACCCUUCCCGUUGUUCCUGGGAGACCUUUGGCUAUGCCACCAGCACCAACAUGGCCCAGGCCUCCGAGGGCCUUUCUCCCCUCCAGCUGUCAGGACAGCUCAAUAGCCUACCCUGCUCCCUGACUUUCCGCCAGGAGGAGACCAUCAGCAUCAUCCGGCUCAUCGAGCAGGCCCGGCAUGCCACCUACGGCAUCCGUAAGUGCUUCCUCUUCUUGCUGCAGUGCCAGCUGACCCUAGUGGUCAUCCAGUUCCUCUCCUGCCUGGUUCAGCUACCCCCACUGCUGAGUACCACUGACAUCCUGUGGCUGUCGUGUUUCUGCUAUCCUCUGCUCAGCAUCUCUCUCCUGGGGAAACCCCCCCACAGCUCCAUCAUGUCUAUGGCCACAGGGAAAAACCUUCACUCCAUUCCUAAGAAGACCCAGCACUACUUCCUGCUCUGCUUCUUGCUCAAGUUCAGCCUCACCAUCACCUCGUGUCUCAUCUGCUUUGGCUUCACACUGCAGAGCUUCUGUGACAGCGCCCGAGUGCGGAACCUCACCAACUGUUCCUCCAUCCUGCUGCGCAGUGAUGACACCAGGGCUCCAGCCUGGUUUGAGGAUUUUGCCAACGGGCUGCUGUCGGCUCAGAAGCUCACGGCUGCUCUGAUUGUCCUGCACACUGUCUUCAUCUCCAUCACCCACGUGCAUCGUACCAAGCCCCUGUGGAGAAAGAGCCCCCUGACGAACCUCUGGUGGGCUGUGACGGUGCCUGUGAUCCUGCUGGGCCAGGUGGUCCAGACAGUGGUGGACCUGCAGCUGUGGACACAUAGGGAAAGCCGCAUCCACUUUGGCCUGGAGGAUGUGCCCCUGCUGACGUGGCUCCUGGGCUGCCUGUCCCUGGUCCUCGUGGUGGUCACCAACGAGGUUGUGAAGUUGCACGAGAUCCGGGUCCGUGUCCGCUACCAGAAGCGACAGAAGCUGCAGUUUGAAACCAAGCUGGGCAUGAACUCUCCCUUCUGAGUCACCGGCGUGCACCCUGGCCCAUUUGAGCCUAAGGGUUGGUAUCAUCAAGGUUUCAGGGUUUGUUCUUACACCCUGUGAAGUUGGAUGGUUUCCUGAAAGUGACAGGACACCCCAACCCUCCCCCUGGAUACUCUUGAAUGUAGAGGGGCCCUCAGCACCCAUGCCCAUGAGCGCCCCCUCCCCAACACCUCUGCUUUUGUUGCCAGAUGUGGCCUCAUAGUCAGGGCCUGACCGGCUCAGCCCUUGCUGGGAGAGCUGAAUGGGGUGGUGACAUACCCUCCCUGCCACUGCACACCCUAUCUUCCUUGCACGAGGCCUGGGUGAGGCCCCUAGGACCCCUCCUAUGAGCCUGAUGGAGAAGGCCCCCUUCCCGCAGCCUUCUUGUGCCUGUGCUCAUGGGGUACCUGGCCCAGGGCUCCCAUGGCUCUGCCCCAACUCCCCUGUGAGAUGUUUUUUACUGGGAUGUAUUUUUUAUUGGAAAUGAGCCUUUUAGGGAUGAAUGUAGACUGUUUGUAUUAAAAAGACCUGUGGCUGGACCCUGAGGCAGUCACCAGGGGGUCCACACCUCCCCCUAGGGCUGUGGGUACUGAAGGGAAUCACUCCCUCCGUCUACAUCAAUGGGUGACCCCAAGUUUGGACUUGGGGGUGAUCCCUGGGCACAGAGGCAGACACACACAACCAUUGCAUGGAAUGACAUUUUCAUUGGUGUUAGUUGGGGGAGGGGUUCAAGGUUACAGAACCAGGGCCUGUACCAGCUGGGCCAGGCCUCCAGCCCUGGUGGGGGCAUUGGGCACAGCUGGACUCCCAAACCCCUCUCCCACUGUGUCUUCUCAGGCAGUUAAUAGAUAGAAUAAAUUUCAUUUAAAA